AAAAAUAGGUGCGAAAUUCUAGUCGCGUUUGUGCGUCGAAAAAAGAUCUGUAGGAUGGUCAAUCCAAUUACUGCGGUUCCCUUGGACUUUCAAUUUCAUGAGUAUACCUUUGCGUACUGAUAGGUAAACACGAACGGUCCAUAGGAGCCCCAGCUCUGCCAGAGUGCAUGGUUAAUAAUAAACCUGGGUGAAAGCAUAAUUCGGAAUUUUGCGAGAUAGCUUGACGUAGUUUGGGCUAGUUUAUAUCUUCGGUGUAUUUAUUAUGGCUCGUUUAUAAGCCACACCUGGACAUUGGUGUUGAUGUUGUUGAACGCGGACGUGUACAUAUUUGCCAGCCAAAUGUCUGGACGAGAGAGAGAACAGAAGAAGGUCGUAGUAGGGAGGAAAGCAGAAUUCCUCCCAGAGGCUGGGGAAAACAAGGCGUACGUACUACUCAGCUACAUUUUCCCUUGCGAGGGGACCAUCUUAAGCUGGGAGUAUUUCCGUAGAGACAGUGUCAUAACUCCCUAUGCCUGCGUAUGGCGCCGCGUAGCGGAGAACGGACCGCACUGUUACAUGCUGGUCGGCUACACGGAGCUCCCACCUAGUGACUCAGUGGACGGCCAUCAAGUCGUCCCCAUAGAUCCCUCAGAGAGAAUUCAAGUAAAACCAGGAGAUAUCCUCGGGAUCUUCCAUUCUGUAUACAACAUCCACGGUGCUGUUGCCACGGCGAAGAAAGACCAGGGUGUGGAUGAGGAUUUGCACUCGACCAUCCUUGCAGACGUUUACGAGGAGGACAUUGACAUAGGUGACGUUGUGGACUUUCAGGAGAAAAACAUGACGUGUGAAAAACGAUCAUUUUCGAUACGGGCCCAUGUGCAGCCCAGUUGAAGUGUCGCUGCUUUCGUCUGACUUUAACUGCUUAAUGACGGUGCUUGCGAUAGUUGGGGCUCUUAACGGCAUUGAUUGUGGUAGUUGGGAUCCCAGCAAAUCACAAUGCGCUCUGUGUCUUCCAACAAAAAAUGAUUUCAGUACGGAUAGCGGGUGCAGGGCACCCUGACGCUUAAUGCGUACUCUAGAUAAUGUUUUAGUGAAUCUUGAUUUGAAGAAACGAAACCUUAGUUUAUGGAGCCUUAUACCACGAAUAAGCGUUAUUUUUGAAAAAAAAA